AAAGUUAUGCAAAUGAGAAGCGACAGUUGUCUCUCUUCUUGGGUCCGAGUUUUUAUCAGGGUGAUGUGUGGGCAGAAAGUGGAUACAAUUUAUUAAAUUCGCGGGAAUAUGGCGGACAUUUGCUUGGGUCCCCCGUUAUGCAAGGCCAUACAGAUCUUUCCAAUUCCAUUCUUUCCUCCUCCUCCUCCUCCUCCUCAUUCUCUCUCUCCUUCCAGAUUUCUACCCAUGGCAGCAGCAGCAGCUCGCUCCACACUUCACCACUGCCAUUGCUCCUCAAACCCUAACCCUAGCCCUAACCAGCCGUCGUUGCUCGUCUUCUCAGGUGGAACUGCCUUUAAUGGUGUUGUUGAAGAGUUAAAAAAGUUAACAUCUUGCGUUGCGCAUGUUCUCCCUGUUUCUGACAAUGGAGGAAGUACGGCUGAGAUUGUUCGAGUGCUUGGUGGUCCAGCUAUUGGAGACAUACGGUCAAGAUGUUUACGAUUGGCUGACCAAAGUACUUAUGAGGCUGUGGCAGUGAAAAAAUUGCUUGGUCAUCGUUUACCUCUUGAUGCACAGCAAGCCAAGUCAGAAUGGUAUGACAUCGUUGAAGGAGGGCAUUCCUUAUGGAAGGGUGUCUCAAAAGCCUACAGGGAAACUAUUCGUGCUUUUUUGGCUUAUUUUCAGAAUGAGAUCCUCCGGCGGUCCAGUGAAUCAUUUUGUUUCAGCAAUGGGAGCAUUGGAAAUUUCUUCUUUGCCGGAGCACGCACAUUCUUUCAGUCUCUAGAUGCUGCAAUAUUUUUGUUUUCACGUGUUUCAGAUAUCCCCAAAGAAAGCCUUGUCCUUCCAGUGAUUUCUACAAAUGACAGGCUUACAUUGGGUUGUGAACUAUGGGAUGGAACUAUAAUACGUGGUCAGAAUGAAAUAUCUCAUCCAACCAAUGGAUUCAUGGAACCUGUAAAUAAGGGAAGCAAUUCAGUUCCAGCACUUCCUUCAAGAAUAAAGCGGGUGUUCUACAUGUCAAGUGAGGGCGGGAAUUCACUGCAUGAGGUUUUCCCCAUUUCAAACCCAGCUGUACUGGACCAGUUGAGCAGUGUGGACUGCAUUAUUUAUGCCAUGGGAUCCCUCUUUACGUCGAUCUGCCCCUCUCUGGUUUUACUUGGCAUUGGGGAAAUUAUCUCUUCCAGACCUUGUCCCAAGGUACUUCUGUUGAAUGGUACACAUGAUCGAGAAACUAGUGGCUUUUCUGCUUCUUGCUUUGUAACUGCCAUUACGGAUGCUCUAAAUCGAACUUAUGGGAAUCCUCAUAAUGGUCUCAAGAAUCUUCCAAGUCAAUACAUCAAUACACUUUUGGUGCCUAAAGAUGGCCAAAUUGCCGUGGAUGUUGAAUGCUUGGCUGCCCAAGGAAUCUUUAAUGUGAUUGCUGUUGAUUCAGUGCAUGAACCGAAAGUGGGUAUAAUUUUUGACCCAAAAGCCUUAAUACAAGCCCUCAAUGAUUUGGUAAGUGCACGAGCAUGAAUGUCACAGGAGUUUAAGCAGUCUUUGAUAGGACAAAUGAAAUUGAAGGGUUACCUGAGGAAUCUACUUUCGACUGAAAUCUCGUCUUUCAUCUGCACUGUAUUUCCUGAGGUAGACUUGCCUCAGUUCCAGGAUUUAUGUCGGAUUUUUGACAUUAUGGCAAUCGUAGCAGUAAUUGGCAGCUGGAACUAUAUGCUCAGCGAAGUAUUGGAAGGGAGUGACUCAUCGUCAUGCUUCAAAUGCUGUUCAAAUGCUGUACAAUAUUUAACACGGUGAUUGGUUUUCAAGUUCUUUUGAACUUAAACCAGAAAAUGAGCUGUCCAGUUUCCGUUUCUGAAGAUUCAUGCAAGCGAAAUAAAGAAAUGUAUAGAAUGUCCUAUGCUUUUACAUAUAAUAGCAAUUUUGUUCAUUUGUGUAUGCAUGGACAUACUGGUUUUUUAUUUUUUUUUUUAUUUUUUUUUCAAAGAACACGAAAAUUAGUAAUCUUGCCUCAUGGAAAAAUUACUUGGUGCUUCCUGUAAUACAAUUUACCUUUCUGAA